UAUGUCUGUAUAUGCCAGUGGGUACAUGAGUAUACAGACUACAUUCAAUGAUGAGGAAUGGAGGGAGAUUCCCAGGAAUGACCAUUAGAAACAGAAUCUCCAACCAGUUAAUCCAGUGUGAGAAUGCUUGGUGGAGCAGCUGUACCCACAGGAGGACUGGCACGUGUCACUCACAGAUGAAGGAGUAUCACAGAAGGCGACCACUCCAGCACCAACGGGAGGAAAGAAAAAAGAAUGAGAUCCUGAUAACCCGGCACAGCUCUCUCCAGAGCCAAUAUGAAGGGGGCGUGGGAGCUCCCACCAGCAACAGGUCACCUGCUCCCCAUACAAUGAUGUCAAUAACUGGAGGAUUGAGAAGGACCUUGCACAGUAAAGUGAGAGUGGGGAUGUAUUUCAUUCAGAGUUUAACUCAAGAAGGAGAAUCUGAUUACAUUUCCGGAAGUGGUUGCAGAGAAAGCUUUGAACAGAUACCACCAAAGCCUGGUGUGGAACAUGGAGGAGCACAGAGGGGAGUCAGUACCACUUAUCUUUUCCCACCUCUCCACCAGACUCAGAUUCAGCUCUUGGACAACCCAGUGAUAUUCUGCCAACCUCAGUGCCCUGACUUACUCUGCUUUACUGAUUUUCUACCUACUGCACCAGCGGAGAAGGAUCUACUACAUCCCACAAGGGCCACCAGCAUGUGGGCACAGUUCCUGCUGCUGUCGCUGACUCUGCUGCCGCUGGAGAAGGAUGAAGGAUCCACCGGAUAAGAAGCCACCAAAGGGGGUGAAGAAGUAUCUGCUGCUGAAUUUUAGAGCUUUGUUAUGUCUGUAUAUGCCAGUGGGAACAUGAGUAUACAGACUACAUUCAAUGAUGGGGAAUGGAGGGAGAUUCCCAGGAAUGACCAUUAGAAACAGAAUCUCCAACCAGUUAAUCCAGCUGUACCCACGGGAGGACUGGCACGUGUCACUCACAGAUGGAGUAUCACAGAAGGCGACCACUCCAGCACCAACGGGAGGAAA